AUGACACGUAGUGGGUCCGGCUCAGUCAUCGUACGCUGCCCGCUAACAGUGGCUAAAGUGAUCGUUACGGCGGGACGCAUUAUGCUCGGGUGGUCAGCGGCACGUGUGGAGGCUAUGGAACAGCUACCCUUACGCUGUUACCGCUGCAUGGGGACGGGACAUACGAGGCCCUUGUGCCCGUCUCUAGUGGAUAGAGGCAGCUGGUGCUAUAGAUGCAGCAAACCAGGCCACAAGAGCAAAGACUGCACCGUGACGGCCCCCUGGUGUGCCGUAUGCCACCACGCUGGACUAAAGGCGGGACAUGUGAUGGGCGGACAAGCUUGCACCCCACCACCAGUUAGAGGGAAGGAGGCCUGCACUGCCGGUCCCAUGGCUGCCGCCGCAGCCGCCCUACCGAAUGAACCUGAAAAUCGGACGGAACGACAGCUUAUGGAACAUUAA